AAACAGACUGAGAGAAUAUCUGUACUGAAACAUCUUAUAUAUUUAUUUAUUUAUUUAAUUAUUUUAGGUGAAAACUUUAAGGUUUUUUUUUUCAGAAGUAAGAAGAUGUCACAGUGUGUGGAGAAAUCUUUGUGUUUUGCUGUUUUUGCUCUUGUAUCAGUUUCACUGUUCUACAGCCGAACAGUGAAAUGUGCAGAAACCAAAUUAACACUGAAACUCAACAAAACCCAAAAUCUGAACUUCACUCACAACUUCACAUACAACGAGCCCCUGGUUGUCCCCGUUUACAGGCCGUGCUCAGGUGAACAUGAGAGUUUGUGCAUCCAUGGUCUCUGUUCUUAUCCUGAAAAUAUCAACAACGCAUACUGCACGUGUCACCCUGGGUUUAUAGGUAAACGUUGUGAACAUCAGGAUCUAACUUCAGGUGUGAAAAUGUCCUAUAACCUGGAGGAAGUGAUCGCUAUCAUAUGUGGAGUGACGUUCCUGCUCGCCUGCACGUGUGUGAUUGGCUGCUGCUGCUACAGGAAGUCGUACUGCAGCUGUACAUCACUGGGUGGCAGUAAACCAGCUUCCCCAUAUACAAACCAUGAAAACAGUGUGUGAGAGUGACAGAGGGCAGCACAGAGAGCUGAGAAAUGGAACACAGGCAGACUGAGGGAUCACAGCUCCCCCUGGUGGUCACUCACUAAGUGCACUACUGAGAAGGGCUUGUAUUCACUCACAUUUUUCACAAACACAAUGUUCCCUUCAGCUAACAAGGCCCAGCUAGUGUGAACAAGAGAACAUAAAAAUUAAUGAUUCUAAAAAAGAACAAGGUGAAAGAAAAAUGAGAGUGGUCUGUAAUAUCAGGAAACUUCUACCACUCCAAAUAAUAAUAAUAAUAAUAAUAAUAAUAAUAAUAAUAAUAAUAAUAAUAAUAAUACCCAUUGUGUAAUUAAUCACACACACAUUUUUAUUUUUCUCAGUUUGAUAAUUCUCUAUUUAUUUUUUGAUUUUUUUAAAUCCAAAAUGUUUAUUUCUAAAAUCUAUUUAUAUUCUUUGUUAAUAAAAAUUCCUUUUAAACAGUUUUGUACUUUAUUUCAUUUGAAAUGUGUAUCUCUCACACACACACACACACACACACACACACACAUUUGUGUCAUAUUAAAGUAAGCACAUGAA